CCGAUUAUCAGACCGUGUGUCUGCUCGACAAACCGACUGAGAGCGCAGACUGCUGAUCCUCCGCUGGGUUCACCAGGCUUUCUGAAGUGUCUCCAGUCAUCCACUCAUCAUGGUGGAGUACUACCAGGUUUUAGGAGUACGGAAGGAUGCGUCUGCAGAUGACAUAAAGAAAGCGUACAGAAAGCUGGCCCUGAGGUGGCACCCAGAUAAAAACCCGGAGAACAAAGAGGAGGCUGAGAAGAAGUUCAAGGAGUUGUCAGAGGCUUAUGAAGUCCUGUCUGAUGCAAACAAGAGGAGUUUAUAUGAUCGCUAUGGCAAAGAGGGGCUGACAGGGAGCAAUGGUGGAAGAGGGGCGCACUUCCACAAUGGAGAGCAUUUCCAUGAACCUUUCACGUUCCGUAACCCAGAAGAUGUUUUCAGGGAAUUCUUUGGUGCCAGAGACCCAUUUGCAGACUUUUUUGGUCCAGAUCCAUUUAGCGAUGACUCGUUUUUCGGUAGUGGCCGGCGGCACCAAGGCCGGGCAAGUCGUAGCCGGUCAGGCGGCCCUUUUUUGGGGGGCUUUGGUUUCCCAGCCUUCGGUGCCGGCUUCUCCCCUUUUGACCCAGCCUUUGGUUCUUUUGGCUCCAUGAGUGCCGUGGGUCAUAUCGGUCACAUGGGUCACAUGACAACAAUGGGCGGUAUGGGAGGUGGCGGCUUCACCUCUUUCUCAUCAACCUCUUUUGGAGGAGGAGGUGGAGGAAGCAUGGGCAACUUUCGAUCUGUGUCUACCUCCACCAAGACCGUCAACGGCAGGAAGAUCACUACUAAAAGAAUUGUAGAGAACGGCCAGGAGAGAGUUGAGGUGGAAGAGGACGGACGGCUACGCUCGUUAACCAUUAAUGGCAAAGAGCAGCUGCUGCGACUGGAACACAAGUGAAGACACGCAAACGUCCUCCACUGGAGAAGUGUUACCUCAGUACCGAGAUCCCAAUAAAACUUGAGCUCACAGUGGAAUAAACAAAGCAACAAAACGAUGUAAUAAUAGCUGUGUUUCAUUAGGUUACUUAUGUUGUGCUGUUCCAUUCAUGUCCUUCCCCUGCUGACUCUCAUUUGUUAACCAACACUUUGACUCCAAGGGUUUUCUAUGCAUUUAGUUGUUGUCUAUGAACCGAAGCCGUCCUUUAUUUUUGCUCAGGGUGGUGUUAUUUUAACAUUCGGGACCACAGUAUUGUUUUGAUGUUCUGAUAUGACCUUCCCCAUUUCAGUACUUUGAGCUUCGCGUCAUUCACAACGAGGCGUGACUUUGCUCUUUCAUCUGAAUCGGGAACAAAAUGAUUUUCAUUUUGAAACGUGGGUCAGAAGUUUCUAUCCCAGCACCCCACGUUUGUUGCUUGUCUACCCGAUUCUUAAUAUUUAUUUAUUUUUAUUAAAAACACAAUGCUGGUAGGAUGUGUUUUGCAAUUUUAUAUGUUCUAAUACCGGUGUGUUUCUGUUUAUUUAAUGACGCAUGUAUACCUGUUGAUGUCAAGUCUUAAUGUCAAAGCUUUUGAUGGAAGGCGUUCCAUAAAUGACAAAUGAAUAUGGAAGGAAUUUUGUGUACUUUGUAAACCAAUAAAUCUUGAGUUUCAUCCUGUUUUCAGGAUGUUGAAAUA